GUCUCGUUUGCCCUCCUGGUGAACGCGGUGAACGAAGUGACUCGACGAAGGGGAGUUCGAUUCGCAAGCUCUACGCAAGGAUCCAGCAAGAUUUUCCCGAUUGUGCUUUCCUGCUCGAGGAAAUCCGUCGAAAGAAUUCGCAUUCGGCUGUCACGAAUGAAUUCUUUUUGAAAAUGUAAAGUGCGAGGCUCGCAACAUCACGCUUGGGAUGUACUUUCCCGCCACGCAGGGACAAUUUUAACUUCCUCUAACGGUUUGCGAUAUUGUGCGAAUUGUGUCGCCGAUGUGAAACGAGUGUUUUGCUUAUCACGAACGAUUCCCGGGAGCAUGAAACGAUCGCAUGACUUCGGAGUGUCAGUGAAACGAGAUUCCGGACAUUAAAAUCUCGACGGUAUAACUUCCGGAGACAUUGCUCUUAUCCCCUUAUCUGUCGAAGCGGUGCAAUUGUGGAGAGCCACACCGGUGAUUGGGUGCAGCUGCAGCAGCAUCGGGUAAAUGCAGCGGCGACGGCCGACGCCUUUAUGAAUUACGUGGACAGAUCCAGGAUGGUCUCGCACAUCCCUGUUUCUGGGGAGCUGCAGCAGGGGAAUGGCAACGGCCAUGGCGCCACAGGACUCGGUGUGCAGGAGUCCCUUCAUUCCUCUUCGCUUCUGAAGAUCAAACAGGAGCCGUUUCAGCUGUCGCCGCCGUCGCCGUCGCCCCUGCCGCCUCUUCAUCAAGUGAGCGGUUUCGUGCCCGAGCUGCCGAGCGGCUGCAUCGGCGGCAACGCGAAGGACCUCGACUCCUCGCCGGUCCCCGGCGGCCUGGGCCGCGGGAAUUUGUCGUCGCACCACGUCGCCCUCAGCCACCACCACCACCAUCACCACCACCACCAUCAUCCCCAUCACAGUCUGCACAGCCCCAGCUCCGUGGUCUCUAUGCACACCAACACCACCACCACCGCCGGCUCGACGCACCAUCACCUGGACGACAAGGGCUCGUCGCCGGUGGGCACCCUUCACAGCACGACCAAUAGCAAUCCCUCCACGCCGUCCGCGCCCUCCACGCCCACCGCGGUCGCGACCACCACCGACAGUGCCGUGACCACCGUCGCGACCGGCACGAAUAACGGCACCAACAACGGCGGCUCCGCCGCCACGAACAGCAAGCCGCCCUUCAGCUACGUCGCCCUGAUCGCCAUGGCGAUACAGCAGAGCCCGCAGAAGAGGGCGACCCUCAGCGAGAUCUACGCCUACAUCACCGCCAAGUUCCCGUACUUCGAGAAGAAUAAGAAGGGAUGGCAGAAUUCGAUCAGGCACAACUUGUCGUUGAACGAAUGCUUCGUCAAGGUCCCGCGAGAGGGUGGCGGCGAGAGGAAGGGCAAUUUCUGGACGCUUGAUCCGCAGUACGAAGAUAUGUUCGAGAACGGCAAUUACCGAAGGCGAAGGCGAAUGAAGCGUCCCUACAGAAACGCUCCGUACCACAAACCGCUCUUCGGCUCGUGCGAUCCGUUCUCUGCGACGACCCACGUGCACCUGGGACCAGUGGGACCCAGGAACAUUUUCGGCCACUCACCCCCUUCGUACGCCCCCUCUUACACGCGAUAUGACGCGAGCGCUUGGAGUCUCCAGCAGUCGCAACUCUCGUAUAGCCAUUGCCAGUCGCUGCAGCCGCAAUUGCAGUCGAUGCAGUCGAUGCAAAUUCCGGCUAUGAACGGCUACAGCCAACUGGGUACCUCGUUAAACAAAGCGUUUCAAGGCAAUUACCUGGAUGUUCCAGGUGGAACGGCCGGAUCGCCCGGUUCCAUGGGCGGCGGCUCCUUCGGUAGCGGCUUCGCCGCGUGCGGCAGGAGGCACGAAUCCGCGAUGGCCACGGAUGCAAUGUCCGGGAGAUGCUAUGCUUGGCCCGAGAUGGUGAACGUGAAGGAGGAGCCCGGGACCAACAACGUGUCGACCAGCGGCGUCGGCGUCGGGGUCGGCGUCGGCGUCGGCGUCGGUGGCGUCGGCAUGCCGUCCGGCAUGAUGGGCACCGCGGCGUCGACGGGCGUCUCCACGACGGGAUUCGCGCCGAUGGAGUUCCAGACGCGUUCCAAGUGCUUUAUGUGA